AUGACGACCCAGGAUUUCCGUCUUCUCUGCCUCGAGAACCCUCUGCUUGACAUCCAAGCAGUCGGCGACGAGGCCCUCCUGCAAAAGUACGGUCUCAAGCCUAACGACGCUAUCCUCGCCGAGGAGAAGCACCUUGGCAUUUAUGAGGACCUCCUCAACAACUAUGAUGCUAAGCUCAUCGCCGGCGGCGCCGCCCAGAAUACGGCCCGUGGUGCCCAGUACAUCCUUCCGCCCAACUCGGUCGUCUACAUCGGCGGCGUCGGCGACGACAAGUACGCUGCCAUUCUCCACGACGCUGUCAAGACGGCCGGCCUCCGCGUCGAGUACCGUGUCGACCCCAAGAUCGCCACGGGCCGCUGCGGCGUUGUCAUCACUGGCCACAACCGCUCCAUGUGCACCGAACUCGGCGCCGCCAACCACUACGACCUUGAGCAUCUGACUCGUCCCGACAUCUGGAAGCUCGUCGAGGGCGCCCAGGCCUAUUACGUCGGCGGCUACCACUUCACCGUCUGCCCCCCCGCCAUCCAGAAGCUCGCCGAGGAGGCCGCCAAGAACAACAAGAUCUUCGCCGUGAGCCUGUCGGCCCCCUUCAUCUGCCAGUUCUUCAAGGACCCCCUCGACGCCAGCGCCCCUUACUGGGACUAUGUCAUCGGCAACGAGACUGAGGCCGCCGCCUACGCCGAGGCCCACAACCUCGGCACCACCGACCUCAAGGAGAUCGCCAAGCACCUCGCCAACCUGCCCAAGGAGAACAAGCAGCGCAAGCGCGUCGCCAUCAUCACCCAGGGCACCGAUCCCACGUUGGUUGCCGUCCAGGGCGAGGACAACGUCAAGGAGUAUCCCGUCAAGCCUAUCGCCAAGGAGCAGAUCAACGACACCAACGGAGCUGGCGAUGCCUUUGCCGGUGGUCUGAUGGCUGGCCUCGUCGACGGCAAGUCGCUCGAUGAGUCCAUCGACAUGGGCCAGUGGCUCGCUAAGCUGAGCAUCCAGGAGCUUGGUCCUUCCUACCCCUUCCCCAAGCAGACCUAUUCCUCUGCUUAG